GGUAACAAAGAGAAUGCCAAACCAGCAAGUGGACCCACUAAGUGCUUAAUUACCAGAGCUGCUCCUACUAAAACAGUGGCUGCUCAAUCUGCCCCUUUUCAUUCCAAGAGCAAUAAAAAGGAGGACUUGGGAAAGGGAGAAGAUGCUCUAAAGAAGGUCAAGACGGAGCAGAAGGAUGUGAAGGCGGCAACCACUGGCGAUACGAAGAGACGCAACACCUUCAGCCAAGCCUUCCUCACCAAACAGGCUGUCAGACAGAGAAAGCUGGUUGCAGAGGCCCCAAAGCCUCCAGCUACCUCCCAAUCUAAACCUGUUCCAAAGCCUCCAGCUACCGUCCCAGGCGCAUACAAAGGCAAGGUUGUCCAAUCCAAAAUAAGCUCCUUCAGGAAGCCUAGUGGCCUGGAGGGAGGGCUAGAAAGCAAAGCAGCUACGAAGACCGCGAUGACCAAAGCUAAGAGCCAAAAGCCUGGAAAUUUGACAAAGGUCAAGUCCAAAUCUGUUGCUGACUUGCCUGGGCGUGGCAUGUUUAAGCCCCCCCAAUCAUGUCAACCCUCAAGAUCCAAGUCUGUGUCCAAUGGGCCUCCUCCAGUCUCCAAGUGCCCAGUCCCAGCUAUACGCCGUCCCACAGGCUUUCACUCUGCAGACCCUCCUGCCAGAACUCCUCCAUUUACCACAGCUCGCCCAAGCUCCACUAGGUCUGCCAUGACAUCUAAGAGGAAAGAGCUGCCACAGGGCACCAAGCCUAAGAUGACAGUGGCAACCGACAAGAAGGUUCACAAGAUUCCAGUUGCCAGCACCCGAAGCCAGUACAGUGCUAACACAGAAACUGCUGAAGAGAGAAGGUUUGUGAAUGUUUAUUUUUUUACUUUCUUGAAAAUUGUCCAAUAACUGUUGGUACUUUGGUCAACUGCUCAAAAUAGUUUUAACUGUGGUUUUGAUUCCCAGGACAAAGCUGGCAGAGUGGCUGGCAUCCAAGGGAAAGACUCUGAAAAGGCCUCCCAUAUCUGCAGUGGCACCUCCAAAGUCUAAACCAGUUGUGCAGCCAGAGCCUGAAGUGCACCCAGAAUCCACAGCUGUCUCUCAACUAGAGACCAACGUUGCGCCUCAGCCCUCUGACCAGGAGCCACAAGAACCUGUUACUGAGCCUGAACUGACUGUUCGGCCUAAAAACGACCAGGUGGUCCCUGAGCAGGAGGCAGCCUGUGCCUCAACUCCACUGACAAUUAACACUACAUUGGACCUGCUUUACAACUCUGAUACAGAUUUUCUCCCUGUUGAUCCAGAGGUCAGAAUGAAUGUAAGAAACCUAUAUACUGUAGUUUUAUUAAUCAAAACUCUUAAAUAUAACCUAACCACCGCUGUCCUAUGUCUUAUCACAGGUUGUGGUCAACCUUUGUGAUGCUUUGGAGGCAUUGGAGAAGCCCUCAGCAUGUGUGGAUGGUACAUUUUGUGGUCAAUACAUUUACAUUCACAGCAAACACAAAUACAGACAGAUUUACUUGCUCAUUUGACGUUGUCUGCCUAAUUCAAAUUAUGCAACACAAAGGCUCAAAUCGUGUAAAAGAUGAACUUGUUAACGUUAGUAACGUGUUAUAUUAAUUGGUGUUUAUUUUUAUUUUUUAGAAGAGCCGAAUGAGAAAAGGGAUGAAUCUGAAGAGGAGAAAAUGGUGGAGAGACUGCCAAAUAAGGAAUUUGAGGAAAGGAAUGAGUCUCCUGAGAAUAAUUUAGACAAGUCGGAGGAUGUUGAAGUGAAAAGUGAAGUAGGAGAGGGGGCUUCAGAGCAGAAAGUAAGGAAGGGUUAUAUUAAUGAAGUUGAUGAUGACGACGACUGCUUGAUGGAGACGACACCAGAGGCAGAUGGCGCAUCGGUGGUGAAAUACAGUGUGAAGACAACUCCAUACCUGCAAAGGUGAGAUUUCUUGUCUUUAAAAAUACCUGCUGUAAUCCUGUUAUAACAUCACUUCCAUUUAUAGCAACUUCUGGAGCUCAUGGCGAACAGCACUACUUUACAUCUCUAUAUUGAAAUGUAUAUGAAACUGAACAUGGCUGUCAACUAAUCACAAUGCUGUCCAUCUCGUUCCCCCUGCUAGUGUUAAGAGAACAAUCGACGGUGAGGCAUGUGCAAGUGGUUCCAGGCGAAAGAGCACCAUCAAGGAUCUGAAGUUCCUGACUCCAGUCCGUCGUUCCUGUCGCAUCCAGCGCACGUCAUCCCGCCUGCCUGGGAUGCUGACAGACCAUGACACCUGUGUGUCCUCGCUGGCUGAGCUGGUGAAACUGGACGAUGAUGCCAACGCCUACAUCUACAGGAGGAACCCUGCCCUUCUGGAGUACCUGCCUGACCAUCCCAAAGACCUGGAGAGGAUCUGA